AUGGCCGACGAAUACGACUUUUUAUUCAAGAUUGUCUUGAUUGGUGAUAGUGGUGUAGGCAAGUCCAACAUUCUUGGCCGGUUCACCCGUAACGAAUUCAACCUGGAAAGCAAAUCGACUAUUGGCGUCGAGUUUGCCACUCGCACUGUCACUGUCGACGGCAAGGUCAUCAAGGCCCAGAUUUGGGAUACGGCGGGCCAGGAGCGCUACCGGGCCAUCACGGCUGCAUAUUACCGUGGCGCGGUCGGCGCGCUUCUCAUGUACGACAUUUCCAAGCCAGAGACAUACGAGGGCGUCAACCGCUGGCUGAACGAGCUCCGCGAGCACGCCGUGUCGCAAAUUGUAAUUAUGCUGGUCGGCAACAAGUGCGACCUCAAGCACCUGCGCGCCGUGUCCACUGACGAGGCCCGCCAGUUUGCCGAGGAGAAGAAGCUGCUGUUUAUUGAGACGUCUGCUUUGGACGCUACUAAUGUCGAGCUUGCCUUCCAAAACAUUCUCACCGAAAUCUACCGCCAGCAUGCUGAACAGACCACUUUACAGGCCGACUUUGCGCAAAUCAAGCCCUCUCAGGGACAGACUAUUUCCUUUACCCAGCAGCCCGACGAAAGCAAGAGCAGCUGCUGCUAG